AUGCGCUUCACCUCUCUCGCCGUUUUGUCGAUUCUCUCCGCCGUCCUCGGUACACCUGUUCAGGUAAAGCGACAGGAAGUAAUUCUCAAUGGUGGUGUCGUUUAUUGCAAAGAGGCUGGAUUCCAGGGAGUGUGUGUGCGAGCUUCGCGCGUCAAUAACUCCUGUAACAAUUUUGACUCGGCAUUCGAUAGCCAGGUUAGUAGCUUCCGGCCAGAGCCUCAAAAUUCGAUUUCUUGUUUGCUUUGGAGCGAUCCAAACUGCCAGGGUACGAACCCAGGGGGAUGGAUCAGUGGCACGGGUAUCAAUGACCUCGAUGCAUUCGGUUUUGGCAACGUUGCUAGCUCUUUCCAGUGCAAAAAUCCGUAA